AAAGGGCAGCAAUGGGCACGGCCACUCCAGAGCGCCCAUCUUUGUGUAGGGCACCGGCGCCAGCCGCCACGGCGGGGGUGUACGGGGGGCGAAGACACGCUGGGCUCCCGAACGAGCGGUUCGAGGCGCGAGAGCUCCUGAUCUAGCCCCAGCGGUGCCAUGUCCGCAGCCGCCCCCGCGGCUCCUGCCGCAGCGGCCGGGCCGGAGGCGGCGCGGCCCGGGGCGGAGCAGCCAAUGGGGUGCGGCGGGGGGCGGAGCAGCCCGGGGGGCGCGGUGACGCGGGCGGAAGCGGAAGCGGAAGCGGCGGCAGCGGCGGCGCGGCGGGGCCGGGCGGGCGGCGCGAUGGACGAGACGAGCCCGCUGGUGUCGCCGGAGAGGGCGCAGGGCCCCGACUACGGGCUGCCGGGCGGUGCCGUGCGCGCCCUCCCGCCCGCUGCGCCCCCGCCGCCCUCCCCUCCCGGCUCCCCCGGCGGCCGCGACCGCGAGCGGCAGCCGCUGCUGGAGCGCGGGGCGCGGGGCCCGGCAGCGGCGCAGGCCCAGGCGCAGGCCCAGGCGGCGGCGGCGGCAGCGGCGGCGGCAGCGGCGGCCGCGCAGCGGGAACGCAACGACUUCCCCGAGGAUCCCGAGUUUGCCGACGUGGUGCGGCGGGCCGAGCUGGCCAGCGAGCGCGGCAUCUUCCCCGAGCGCAUCUCGCAGGGCUCCAGCGGCAGCUACUUCGUGAAGGACCCGCAGGGGAAAAUCAUUGGCGUCUUCAAGCCCAAGAAUGAGGAGCCAUAUGGGCAGCUGAACCCCAAGUGGACCAAGUGGCUGCAGAAGUUGUGCUGCCCAUGCUGCUUUGGGAGAGACUGCCUUGUCCUGAACCAGGGCUACCUGUCAGAGGCAGGUGCCAGCCUGGUAGACCAGAAACUGGAACUCAACAUUGUUCCCCGCACAAAGGUGGUGUAUCUGGCCAGCGAGACCUUUAACUACAGUGCCAUUGACAGGGUGAAGUCCCGAGGAAAGAGGCUGGCCCUGGAGAAGGUGCCGAAAGUUGGCCAGCGCUUCAACCGCAUUGGUCUGCCACCCAAGGUGGGCUCCUUCCAGCUCUUUGUGGAAGGCUACAAGGAUGCAGACUACUGGCUGCGGCGGUUUGAAGCCGAGCCGCUCCCGGAGAACACUAACCGGCAGCUGCUGCUGCAGUUCGAGCGGCUGGUGGUGCUGGAUUACAUCAUCAGGAACACAGAUCGGGGCAAUGACAACUGGCUCAUCAAGUAUGACUGUCCCCUGGACAGCGCGGGCGUGCGGGACAGCGACUGGGUGGUGGUGAAGGAGCCCAUCAUCAAGCUGGCUGCUAUAGACAAUGGUUUGGCCUUUCCCUUGAAACACCCGGACUCCUGGAGAGCAUAUCCGUUCUACUGGGCAUGGCUGCCCCAGGCCAAAAUCCCCUUUUCACAGGAGAUCAAGGACCUGAUUCUUCCCAAGAUCUCAGACCCCAACUUUGUCAAGGACCUGGAGGAAGAUCUGUAUGAGCUCUUCAAGAAAGACCCUGGCUUUGACAGGGGACAGUUCCACAAGCAGAUUGCUGUCAUGAGAGGCCAGAUCCUGAACCUCACUCAGGCGUUGAAAGAUGGGAAGAGUCCACUGCACCUGGUUCAGAUGCCACCUGUGAUUGUGGAAACCGCGCGUUCCCACCAGCGCUCCGCCAGUGAGUCCUACACGCAGAGCUUCCAGAGCCGGAAGCCUUUCUUCUCAUGGUGGUAGCUGUGGGAGCCACGGGCAGGGCUUGGCCACCUCGGACUAGCACUGCGAGAGGAGCUGGGCCACUGCUGGCUCCUGUGGCUGGGACUCGACCUUCAGGGUAGAGCGAGCAGAUGCGACUGGAGGAACCUGCAGCUGAACUGGAGGAGCCGGGCAGCAUGGGCAUGGUCCCUCCCCAGCUCCAUGGGAGCUUGGUGCCCUGCCUGGGGCAGAGGCCAGGGGGAGGUGUGGGAAUCUACCAGGAACUGUGGUACGGCUGGGACCCUGCUGCUGCCUCUGUUCCUUGGCCUGCAUGUGGUUCUGAGCACCCCUGCUUGGGCUGGGAUGAACGGGCUACCUGAGCCAGGAUCCGUCCAGCCCCUUACACCAGCCACUGGCCCUUUUUUCCCCGCCAUGCCAGCUGCCAGGCUGGGAAGGCCUUUAGUAGGUGAUACUCCCUCCAUUUCCCUGAGGGUGUGCUGUACUCCACUGUCCCUCCAGUGCCCCAACCCCGUGCACGCUGCUUUCCUCAGGGGGAGUUCCUGCUGCCCACUGGCGUAGCGGGGACCACAAUGAACGGCUGUUCUCUGGCUAGAGCUCGAGGAGGGGACAUAAGAGGGACAACACAUGCGACUGGCUUGGGUGCAGUUAGACACUAAGGCAAAGAAAGUGCUGGCUUGUCCCUGUGAAGGGCAGGUGGCUUCGCAGAGCUCUCCCAUGGGAGCUCUCCCCUUUUGCCCCAGUCCAUUUUCCUGCCUCAUCUCCAUAGCUGCUCUCGCUUGACUUUCUUUCCUCUCCCAGCAAGCUCCCUGGCUGCUGUGCAGCCAGCAUGGUGCCAGCCUUGUCUGUGCCUAGGGACCCUCUGAGGGGCAGGGGUUGCCAGGGAAGGGCUGGAGGGGCUCUUCUGCCACAUGGGUGGGAGCACUAGGGGACCAGCAUGGACUCCUGCCUGCCCUGGAGCUGACAAUCUCGCAGGCCUGCUGUGGCUGGGGAGGCAGGGAGCCCCUCUCACCAGCAGCUGCUGAGCUUGUGUUGUAUCAAACAGCACCAGGGCUGCUGCCUGCACCUGCUUGCCUUGAGCUGUGACUUCUCAGGCUGCUGGGAAAAGUCAGAGUUGGGUCCUGUUGUUCUGUUAGCCCAUCUUUGGGGAGUGAGAGGGGUGAAGGCAGGUGAACCUGGGAAGGCAGAGCAGCUGCUUUGUCUCCUUCAAUGGAGCAGCAUUGGCUGUGUAAGCACAGAGGGGGCAGCAGUGGAGAUCCCAUCUCCCCAGCCAGGCCCAGCUGCAUUUGACUGACCCAAAAUGUAUUGUUCUAAUGCACUGUAGAAAUGUAUGUAAUGUAUUUAAACCAUGCAACGGUCUGAAUAACAGAGCUGCCAUUGAGCUGGCUA